AUGCCAGUACGGCCUCGUGUUGAUCGUCUUCGAACAAUUUAUCGUGCAGCGAGAGGCUUAAAUUUUGGUUGGAAAAUGAGUGAUUUUCCAUCAACUCCAAUGUAUAAUGGUGUUUGUUCAUUUAUACCUCAGUUACAUCGAGUAACACUUAGAUUCUGUCGUCAGUCAGAAAGUAGCACUGGUAUGCGCAAUUUUAUUCGAAAUCAACUAUCACAGUUCGCUAAUGAAAAUCCUUCAACGGUCGUUUAUGUGCAACCAGUAAGAAAUACAACGCCGACAUUACGUGGUGAGUAUGGUAAUGGACGUAUGGUGCAUAUUCAUGCGAAAGGAUUUAGUGAAGAUAUCGUUGCAAAACAUAUGAAUCUUUUAAGGACACGAUGUGGCUCACCUGUUUUGGAAAUGGAGUCUUGUCAAACAGCGGUAAAAGAUUCAAUUCAAGGUAUUUGGAAUCCGCUUUUAAAUAUCGAUACGGAACAAAACAUUACCAAUUUACCAAACGAAAAAUUCUCGAAAUAUCGAAGUUAUGAAAUGACAGCAACAGAAUACGUCGCUAAUUUACCAACUGAAAGUGGUGAUGCUUCAUGA